AUGGACUCUACGCUACUGUGGAACAACGGGGAUAUGAUGUGCCCCGUUUCCAAAGGGGACCCCGUUCUGAACUCUGAUCCACGUGUUUUGCAGCAAUUAAUUCGCGUGGAGAGACUGAAUGGUAAAACAUUCAGGUUUGUCAAUCACCGGUGUUAUUUCAAAGAGGUACAAGAUGAAGUGCAACCUUAUAUGCGGAGGAUACUUACUAAGUGGAUGAUGGAGGUAUGUGAGGAGCAAGGAAUGGAAGAUAUUGUCUUUCCUUUGGCGACGUCCUACGUCGACAGGUUUCUUUCCUGUGUUCGAAUUCAAAAAACGCAAUUACAACUUUUAGGAGCUGUGUGCCUUUUAAUAGCUUCUAAAUUACGGCAGUGUCGAUCGCUAACUGUGGACGCACUCAUAUAUUACACAGACUAUUCAGUAACAACCAAAGAUAUUACGACGUGGGAAAUGCUGGUGCUUCGAAGUUUAAAAUGGGACAUGGCGUCUGUUAUUGCUAGUGAUUUCGUCGACCCUUUACUAUCCAGGCUAGAUAUCGACAGAGAAGACCUCGUAAGGCGGCAUGCACACACGUUCAUUGCACUUUGUGCGACAGAAGAAAAAUUUCUAGUUUAUUCAGCAUCGUUGUUGGCAGUGUCUUGUGUUGCUGUUGCAAUAAAUGGUUUAACUUGGUUACAAAAGCCUUGGAAAUCAUCAAUAGAGUUAGUUAUGAAGUUAACAGAAUUGACAGAUAUUAACACAAAAUAUGUGCAAACUUGUAUGAAAGAUAUAGAAGAUUUACUCGCCUUAAACAUUGCCCAACUGCAACAAACAGUGUCCAAAACAACUUCUUCAACAAGUAAUAAAGUAAACUGUUCUAUAGCAGCUAAUGGCCAACCAGAAACGCCAACAGAUGUUCAAGAUGUGUUGUUUUAA